GUAAUAAUGCACAAGCAUCUUACCAAGGUUUACUAUUUUGUUCCCUUAGAUUGAGAGAUACAAGUCAAGGGGCUCUGUUUUUUGAUAGAUGGGUAUCAUCUCAAAUCUUAGUAGACCGGGCUUGCCCUCCUCCCAUACUUCCCCACCCUCUUCUUCUUCUUCUCCUUCAGCUUCCAACAAAAGGAAAUGCUCAAUCUUGAUGCCUUCAGUUGUGGCCCUUGUGGUCAUAGCUGAAAUCUCGUUUCUGGGUCGUCUUGACAUGGCCAAAAACGCUGCCUUUUUCGAUUCAUUGCCUGAGAUGUUCUACAAAUCACACUCUCCUGGUGGAUUUGAUGGUGAAAAGUUCGCUAUUGAAGCUUUGGGUGGGGGUCAGAACUUGGUCAAGGAGAGCUGUGAGGAGUGGCUUGAAAGAGAAGAUGCCUUGACUUAUUCAAGAGAUUUUGCCAAGGAUCCCAUCUGGGUUUCUGGUGCUGACCAGGAGUGGAAAACUUGUGAUGUGAGUUGUACGUUUGGAUUUGAUUCCGGUAAGAAACCUGAUGCUGCCUUUGGUUUGCCUCAACAACCUGGAGUAGCUAGUGUACUGCGCUCAAUGGAAUCGGCUUCGUACUAUUUCGAGAAUAAUAUUGCUCAGGCACGACGGGGGGGUUAUGAUAUUGUAAUGACAACUAGCCUCUCAUCGGAUGUUCCUGUUGGAUAUUUUUCUUGGGCUGAGUAUGAUAUCAUGGCACCAGUGAUGCCAAAGACUGAAAAGGCCCAUGCAGCUGCUUUCAUUUCCAACUGUGGUGCCCGCAACUUUCGUCUGGAAGCACUUGUCGGACUUGAAAAGGCAAAUAUCAAGAUAGAUUCUUAUGGUAGUUGCCAUAGAAAUCGUAAUGGAAAUGUGGACAAAGUUGAAGCUCUGAAACGCUACAAGUUUAGUUUGGCUUUUGAGAACUCCAACGAGGAGGAUUACGUGACCGAAAAGUUUUUUCAGUCUCUUGUUGCAGGGACCAUACCUGUUGUGGUUGGCGCUCCAAAUAUCGAAGACUUUGCACCGUCUCCAGAUUCAUUUUUACAUAUCAAGGAAUUGGAGGAUGUUCCAUCAGUUGCCAACAGAAUCAAGUACCUCUCAAAGAACCCGGUUGCUUAUAAUCAGUCACUCAGGUGGAAGUACGAAGGACCGUCUGAUUCUUUCAAGGCCCUCGUGGAUAUGGCUGCGGUUCAUUCGUCAUGCCGUCUUUGCAUUCAUUUGGCAACAAUCAUCCAAGAGAAAGAAGAAAAGAGCUCCAUCUUCAAGAAACGUCCUUGCAAGUGUACAAGAGGUUCAGAAACCGUUUAUCAUAUAUAUGUAAGAGAGAGAGGGAGGUUUAAGAUGGAUUCUAUUUUCUUGAGGUCUGGCAAUUUGACUCUUGAGGCCUUGGAGGCUGCAGCGCUUACAAAGUUCAAGUCUCUGAAACACAUGCCGGUUUGGAAGCCGGAGAGACCCGAAAGCAUAAGAGGAGGAGAUGAACUAAAAGUAUACAGAAUAUAUCCUGUUGGCUUGACACAGAGACAAGCUUUAUAUUCCUUCAAGUUCAAAGGGGAUUCUGAUAUCCGGAGUCACAUUGAAAACAACCCUUGUCCAAAGUUUGAAGUCAUAUUUGUCUAGAUUGAAGGUCCCAUAUUCUCACUUUACAGAAUCCCGGGUUUCCGCACUUUUCUUGCGGAAAAUAUUUCCCGGAAGAUCAAGGCAACCUCAUGCAGACUUAAAUUACAUGCUCUUGUAAGAAUAUCACACACACACACACACACACACACACACACACACACAUAUGGAAUCAUUGAUGAGCUGAUAGGGUGGGGAUGGGUACAGUUUUACCUAUGGCUCAGUUAGUUUUUGGCUCCACUUUGCAUCUGAUCCGACCCUUGGAAGUUUUGCUUCGGAACUUCAAAGCAUUAAUGAAAAUAUUGGAUAGUUGAGUUU